UUCAGAUAAAUCCAGUUUGAAUCGAUCUUAUCCUCCAAUUAACUCUGAAAUAUAAUUAUCUCGAUUGGAUCAAAUAUAUCGAAUUAUUUCUGAUUAUUAUGGAGAUAUGGAGGAGUAAUUUCUGAUUCAAAUUUAGCAAAUUGAUCAUUUAGAAUCAUCAGACACAUCAAACUGUUGGGAGUCAAUCAUGUUUUCUCAUCUGAAAUCGUUAGUGAGUUUGUUAGUUAUUGUAGUUGGAAUAACAGCUUCUUCAACUGGCGAAUCCCUUGAAUAUCUAACAGCCAAGAAUCUUACCUCAGACUAUUGCUAUGCAAGAAGCUAUGCCGAAGUAGCGGACGUCGUUAAGAGAUGUACACACAUCUGUAUUGAAAACUUCGAGGUACCAGCCGGUGUUACUUUGCAGCUGAAUUUGCAAAAACAUUCUGUUCUGUUAAUCGAAGGUACCAUCAGCUUUGGUGUGGCACAUUGGGAUGGUCCACUAAUGUACAUUACUGGAGAAUUUAUUCAAGUAAUUGGAGGAACCAAUCACCUAAUUCAUGGACGUGGUGAACAAUAUUGGGAUGGUAAUGGGGGUGCUGCUGGUGUUACAAAACCAGAGAGAGUAAUGUCGAUCAAUGCCAAACGUGGAUCUUUCAAAAAUAUUAAUAUCAAAAAUUGUCCAAUGUUUUGUGUUUCCAUCAUCGGAACUGAUCUCACAUUCUCUGGAUUCAAUAUCGAUAACAAAGAUGGAUUCAAAGGUGGAUUAGCCAAGAACACCGAUGCGAUGGGAUUCGUGUAUUCUGACAACAUCCUCAUCGAAAACUCCAACAUUGUUAACCAAGACGACUGUAUAAACAUCAUGGCAAGCAGCAACGCAGUUAUCAGAAACGUCCACUGCUGGGGAUCUCAUGGUCUGAGUUUCAGUUCAGGGCUCUCUAACACUGACGAAAAUAAUGAUAUUCACAACGUUACUUUCAAAGAUUGUUCCAUUGGGGGUUCCCUGAACGGUAUACAUAUUUUGACAAUGCCAUCUGGUGGCAGAGGAAAAAUCAGUCAAAUAACGUACAGAAAUAUCAACAUCAUAGAUGUCACUCAGAGAGCAAUCGAAUUCCGCCAGGAUUACUUGAGAAAUGGCCAGCCAGGAAACAACAUCCGAAUCGAUGAUUUGACUUUAGACAAUAUUUACGGUACUGUAACUGGUAGAAGCGCAGUAGGAGUUUAUAUCAACUGCGGUGAUGGCUCGUGUUCCAACUGGAACUGGAGAGAUGUCAGAAUAACUGGAGCUAAGAAUAAGGACACUUGUAAUUUCCAUCCGAAUGGGUAUUCAUGCUGAUUUCACAAAUAUUAUCAAAUCAUUAUCUUUCUAACCAAAAGAAACGAAAUUGAAACAAUGUAAGUUGUGUUUGGGGGCUCCUAAUUUCUAUCCCAAUGAAGAAAUGAUUCAAUAAACCACAUUUAUCAUGACAGCUUAUUCUGAUUCCAGGGGCCUGGGAAAAAUAUCAAUAUA